AUGUCGAAGACGCUUUCUCGCGUUGUCUUUGUAGGCAACAUCCCUUACGACUCUGCCGCUUCAGCAGUUCGAAACCUGAAUGAUUACGAGACGAUGGGUCGCAAGUUGAGGGUUGACUUCUCUAACGAAGGAGGUACCGACGACAAUGAUUUCAACCAAGGUCGCGAUGGUCUCAGCUUCGGUGCCCCGAACACCUAUGGCCAAGCAGCACCUGCCGCUCCACAAGCCAGCACCCUUCCUCCGCUUCCUCCUGGCAAGGAACUGCCCGCCAACAUUACCGCGACCGACGCCAUCUCUCGCACGCUCAACACGCUCCCUCCUUCGCAGCUUCUUGAUAUUUUGACACAAAUGAAAGCCUUGGCUUCCAAUGAUCCGGCCCGCGCAACGGAGCUUCUUCAACAGGCUCCCCAGCUGUCCUACGCCGUCUUCCAGGCCCUUCUCCUUAUGGGCCUUGUCUCGCCAGAGGCAAUUCAUAGUGUCCUCGAGCCCAGCAGCGGUGUGCCAGCGCCUCAGGCUCUUCCGGCCGGUUUCCCACCCCAGGGCGUACCUGGAUACCCGCCCGCCGGCGCGACCAACACUCCGCCUGUUGCGGCGACACCCUAUCCUGCGCCACCGCAACCAGUGUACGGCGCUCCCGCUCCCGCCCCUGCGCCUGCGCUGGGCCAUGACACAGACGCACUCAUGAGGCAGGUCAUGGAACUCCCAAUCGAGACAAUCAACACUUUGCCUGAAAGCGGAGCGCGCCCAGAUCAUGGCGUUACGCGCACAGUUCCAGCAACAGAGGCGCUAGAACCAUGGGCCACGUUGAAAGAUUCAGACUCGGCCCGCAAUUACGCAAGCCCAGUUGUCACGGCAGUCGCCGAGCAAGAAAGACGAAGGAGCCGCUCACAUGCAAAUCUCAAGCCGGAACGAGGCUUGUAUGCCAUCUUGCAACUGGUCUCAAGCAUCAAGGCACAGCCAGAUGUCUGGAAAUGA